CGCAUCAACGGAGCAAGCGUUUGUGUUUGUCUGUGCAUGCAUAGACCUGGAGCGCAGGUGUGCGGAACCAGCUCAGCCAUGACAUUCCUCCGCAGGUUGCAAUGGAACGACUCCUCCGUUCUAAUCCAUCCCCCCGGGUUCUACAUCAUCGGCUUCACCUCCCUGCCCUUUGCCAACCUCUACUUCAUCUUCCUCGCUUUCGUUUACGUGGUGUCAGUCGUGUUCAACACAUUUGUGAUCUAUAUAAUCAUGGUGGACCAUCGCCUCCACAACCCCAAGUAUAUCGCGGUUGGUAACCUCGCGGUGGUUGAUCUGGUGCUGAAUACUUGCAUUAUUCCCGGUAUGCUAAAGGCGUUUCUUGCUAAGAACAAUUUUGUGCCGUUUAAUCUGUGUAUGGUACAGAUGUAUGUGUAUUAUUCCUUCAUAUCUAUGGAAUCGUUCUCCAUCGCCGUGCUCGCCUAUGACCGUAUGAUCGCCAUAUGUUUCCCUCUGAGGCACGGCUCCAUCAACACCAUGACGAGUAUGUCGUGUAUUCUCGGUGUCAUCUGGUGCUUCUGUCUUGGUAUACAGAUAUUCAGCACAGCCAUUAUGACCAGGCUGUCCUACUGCGAUUCCGUUAAUGUCUACAGCUAUUUCUGUGAUUACGCACCAGUGUUUCGGCUGGCAUGUAACGACAACACCCUGCAAUGGGCUGUGGCUUCAGUUCUGAGCCUGGUUAUACUCCUCGGCCCACUGUCCUUCAUCAUUCUGUCAUACAUGAGUAUUCUAAUCGCUGUGUUCAGGAUGAAAAGCGUUGAGAGUCGUGUGAAAGCGCUGGCCACCUGCACUGAGCACCUCAUUCUAGUGGCAGUAUUCUUCUUUCCGGUUCUGACUAUUUUCAUGGUUGGGUUAUUAGCGCGCAUCAAACCAGACCCUGACCUGCGCGUACUGAGCCUGUCGCUGGCCUCGUGCAUCCCGCCCUGUCUCAACCCCAUCAUCUACUCUCUGAAAACUAAAGAGAUCAAGAGCAAAGUGCUCACCAUGUUCAGGAGAAUUAAAGUUCAAGUAGUUAACGAUUGAUCUUCACGCAUAGGUUGCUACAUAGGU